AUGCUUCCUACAACGAUGGAUGAUUUGAAGGAUGAAAGGAGCAAGGAUAAUGGUAAAGCAUCGCAUUCAGCAAUGAAUUUGUUAUGGCGAUUGUCUGUACACAUAGGUAUCUCCCGCUAUAUGCUUGCCACAUUCAAGAUAAUCAUCAUAAUUGGCGCUUCCGUCAUAGCGCUUCUGUAUUAUUUGUCGUUUGAUUGGACAGUAUUUGUGGAAGAUCAAAGUUAUGGAAUUGCUGCCAUUCAAGGUCAGCAAGUCCGUUAUCAGAUUGAAUCACGGCCUUGUUCCGAUGUAAAAAAGGAUUGUUAUAUCGUAUAUGAUGCAGUUGAUAUGUUUACGGGUGAUGUUAAUCGGUUUUUGAUAAUACGACAUGUUCCAAAGAAACACGGAACUGUUGUUCGCCUCAUCCCACCUACAGGUCUCAAGUCUAAAGAAUCGGAUUCACGUUUCUGGAAAGUGAAUCAUACGCAUAUCAAUAGGCAGUAUGUAGCAGUUAUGCUAACUGUACCAUUUGGCGUUGCUGCGUUGGCACUUUCUAAUUAUGUCAACUUGGCAGCAAAUGUUUUGAUAGUUGGUCUUGGUGGUGGCAGCAUGAAUAUGUUUUUGACAAAUCAUUUUCCGAAGAUGACAAUAACAGUUGUCGAACUGGACGAAGUCAUUAUUGAUCUAGCAUGGCGGUGGUUCGGACUGGAAAAGAGGCAUGAAAAAAUCCAGAUUGUCGUGAUGGAUGGUGUGAAAUUUGUUGAAAAAGCAGCAGUCAAGAAAGUCCUUUUUGAUGUUGUGUUCAUUGAUGUAUGCGAUGAGAUUGGCGAUAUAACUUGUCCUGCCGAGCCGUUCAUUCGUUCAAACUUUAUAGAAAAUUUGAAGAAAAUUCUGAAGCCGACAGGAAUUGUGGUAUUGAAUGUUUUGCCACACGAAGACGUUUUGGAUCAAGUUGAUGAGGUAGUGCGUGCAUACCAGAAGCAGUUUCCAACAUGUGCUGUUGCUCCACUGCUUCGUGAAAUGAAUACAAUACUUGCAUGUCAAGUUGUACAGCAAGUUGAUUAUCACACCAGUCAGCGCUUGAUGUCUGAACGAUUUCAAGAGGCUUGGAAUCAUUUCGGUUUUAUCCAGCAGUUUGGUGUCAUGAAACUGUCUUUCACAAAUGAUAAAAUCAAAGCGGAAAAUUCUUCUUGA